CGGAUGGAGCUCCGUGUGCGGCUCUUCUCUCUGCGGCUCUUCCCUGCGCCUCCGGCCGCGCCACAGCGCCUCUGACCCGGGCACAUGGAGCGGACACCCCGGGCCCCCCCCGGAGCCCGAACCGCGCUGCUGCUGCUGCUGCUCACCGGCCUCUGCAGCGCCCAGCCCGGCCGCAAAGUGUGCCAGGGCAGCAGUAAUCGGCUGAACCAGCUCGGGACCCGAGAGGACCACUACAGGAACCUGGUCCGGACUUUCGCCAACUGCACCACAGUCCUGGAAAACCUGGAGAUCACCCACACCCUCCCCGAGCACGACCUGAGCUUCCUCCAGUCGAUCGAGGAGGUCGGGGGUUACGUCCUCAUCGCGAUGAACGAAGUCCCCGUUGUCCCUCUGUCCCGUCUGCGUCUCGUCCGGGGACAGUCUCUGUACGAGGGACACUUCUCGCUCCUGGUGCUGUCCAACUACCGCUACAGUGCAGAGACCAAGACCUACGUCAGCGGAGUGACCAGACUGCAGCUCAGCAACCUCACAGAGAUCCUGAACGGAGGAGUGAAGUUCACCCACAAUCACCUGCUGUGUCACGUCGCCUCCAUCGACUGGCGGGACAUUCUGGACAAACGCACCAACCCCCCCAUGGUCCUCGAGAUCGACAAUCUCCACAACUGUCCUAAAUGUGAUGUGGGGUGUGUGGAUGGAGCCUGUUGGGCCCCGGGGCCCGAGCACUGCCAGAAAUUCACGCGGCUGCUGUGUGCGAGUCAGUGCAGUCAUCGCUGUCGGGGCCCAACUCCAGGAGACUGUUGCCACAAACACUGUGCUGCUGGAUGCACCGGGCCCCUGGCCUCAGACUGUCUGGCCUGUCGUCUGUUUAACGAUGAGGGCACCUGUCAGGACUCCUGCCCCCCCCCCAUGAUCUACAACGUCAUCACCGGAGAGGUGGUCCCCAACCCCAAAGCCAAGUUCACCUUUGGUCCCACCUGCGUCAAGGCCUGUCCACAUAACUACGUGGUGACAGACGGGGCGUGUGUGCGGAGCUGCCCCCCGGGGAAACACGAGGUCCUGGAGGGAGGAGUCCACCGCUGCAAGGACUGUGACGGACCCUGCCCCAAAGUGUGUGAUGGGAUCGGCGUUGGGGCUCUCGUCAGAACUUUGGCCGUGAACUCAACAAACAUCGAAUCGUUCAGAAACUGCACCAAGAUCAACGGAGGAAUCUCCAUCCUCCCCAACACCUUCACAGGCUCGGUCCUCGGUUUGGCCGUGGGGGUCGUGGGUUUUCUCCUGGUCUUGGUUCUCGUGGCUUUGGUGGUUUUCGUUUUCCUGCGUCGCAGAAGAAUCACGAGGAAGAGAACGAUGAGGAGGAUCCUGCAGGAGCGAGAGCUGGUGGAGCCUCUGACUCCCAGUGGCCAAGCGCCGAACCAGGCCCUGCUCCGGAUCCUGAAGGAGACCGAGCUGAAGAGAGUCCGAGUCCUGGGGUCUGGAGCCUUCGGGACGGUUUACAAGGGCCUGUGGUUUCCGGAGGGGGAGCAGGUGAAGAUCCGUGUGGCCAUUAAAGUCCUGAGAGAAGCAACGUCUCCAAAAGCAAACCAGGAAAUCCUCGACGAGGCGUACGUGAUGGCGAGCGUGGAGCACCCUCACGUGGCGCGGCUCCUCGGGGUGGUGUUGGCGUCGUCGGUGCAGCUCGUCACUCAGCUGAUGCCGUUCGGGUGCCUCCUGGAUCACGUCCGACAACAUCAGCACCUGAUCCCCGCCCAGCGCCUCCUCACCUGGUGUGUGCAGAUCGCCAAGGGCAUGUCGUACCUGGAGGACAGACACCUGGUUCACCGGGAUCUCGCCGCUCGGAACGUUCUGGUCAAAUCUCCGAAUCACGUCAAAAUCACCGACUUCGGCCUCGCCAAGCUCCUGAGCGCCAACGAGAGCGAGUACCACGCCGACGGGGGCAAGGUGCCCAUAAAGUGGAUGGCGCUGGAGUCGAUCUUACAGUGGACCUACACCCACCAGAGCGACGUGUGGAGCUACGGUGUGACCGUGUGGGAGCUCAUGACGUUCGGGUCUAAACCGUACGACGGGAUCCCGGCGUCAGAGAUCUGCUCUGUGCUGGAGCGAGGAGAGAGACUCCCCCAACCGCCCAUCUGCACCAUCGACGUCUACAUGAUCAUGGUCAAAUGUUGGAUGAUCGACCCGUCCAGUCGUCCUCGAUUCAGAGAACUGGUCCGAGACUUCUCAGAGAUGGCUCGAGAUCCUCACAGAUUCCUCGUCAUACAGGGGGAGCUCCCGAGCCCCAACGACAGUCGUUUCUUCACUCGUCUGCUGAGCACGGACGAUGAGGUGGACGCUGAGGAUUACCUGAUGCCCUACAGAGAGGGCGGGGCCGGGCUGAGGCAGGGCCGCACCUGCGCCUCCCCGACAAUGUUGCUCCCCAACACUGGUCUCAGGUGUGUCUCGGGUGUGUCUCAGGUGUGUCUCAGGUGUGUCCUCUGUGUCUCAGGUGUGACCGUGUGGGAGCUCAUGACGUUCGGGUCUAAACCGUACGACGGGAUCCCGGCGUCAGAGAUCUGCUCUGUGCUGGAGCGAGGAGAGAGACUCCCCCAACCGCCCAUCUGCACCAUCGACGUCUACAUGAUCAUGGUCAAAUGUUGGAUGAUCGACCCGUCCAGUCGUCCUCGAUUCAGAGAACUGGUCCGAGACUUCUCAGAGAUGGCUCGAGAUCCUCACAGAUUCCUCGUCAUACAGGGGGAGCUCCCGAGCCCCAACGACAGUCGUUUCUUCACUCGUCUGCUGAGCACGGACGAUGAGGUGGACGCUGAGGAUUACCUGAUGCCCUACAGAGAGGGCGGGGCCGGGCUGAGGCAGGGCCGCACCUGCGCCUCCCCGACAAUGAACGGGGGUCUGAGGAGGGGGAACAGUUUGGCGCUGCGUUACAUCACCGACCCGACUCUGAGGGAGCUGGAGCAGGAGCCGCCCGGACACGAGUACAUGAACCAGACCCUGGACCGGACCCUGGACCAGAACCUGAACCAGACCCUGAACAAGACCACGGACCAGACCGACGGAGGCCCCAGCUCGUCUGACGUCUUCAACCCCAACUACGAGGACCUGAAGCUGGGCUGGAGCGGCCGGAGUCUGGCCUCUCCUCCAGAAGAACCAGCCGGAGCUCCAGAGUACCUCAACGCCCCGCUCAUCCCCACCCGAGGGCACCCCAACCCCGCCCCGGUGCCCGCCCGAGGGCACCCCAACCCCGCCCCGGUGCCCGCCCCAGGCCCCCCCCCUCGGCCCCUGGACUACCCUGAGUACAUGAACCUGGACGAGUCCGUGGACCCGCCGGACUAUAUGAACCCGGACUAUGUGAACUCGGAUUAUGUAAAUCCAGACUUGGUGAGUCCGGACGUGAGGACCACCUCCACCACGACCCACAAUGCACUGUUCCUCCCAGCGGCCGAGAACCUGGAGUACAUGGGCCUCGCUCCAGUUCGCUAGAAAACCCGGGACCACAGACCCGGUUUAGACCUGGUCCAGUCCUGGGAUUCCAGUUUUAUGGACUAUAAAAUAUGUCCUGUUUUAGACCCGGUUUACUCCUGGUUUAGACCCAAUUUGGUCCUGAUUUAGACCCAGUCUAGACCUGGUUUAGUCCUGGUUUAGUUCUGGUUUUCACGCACGUCUGUCUCAUAUUUUCCUGUAGAAACUGGAGCACAUUUUUAUGAAGAAUUUUAAUUCGUAUUCGUCCAUUUUAUGUUUUUUUGUGUUUUUUUACAAAUCUUCCAGAACUUUAAACUUUUUUUUAAAAAUGGAAAUACACUUUUAAAUCAGAAUUUUGUUUUAUUUUUAUCGUUUUAAGUCUCUGAACAUUUGGAGCGCAGCGGUAAAAAUUCUCAGGGAACAGAAUGGAUCUUUUAAACUUUGAAAUUUGAAACUGUCUAAUCUAGUCUAGAUCUAGACCUGGUUUAGUCCUGGUUUAGUCCUAGUUUAGUCCUGGUUUAGUCCUGGUUUAGUCCUGGUGUAGUCCUGGUUUAGUCCUGGUUUAGUCCUGGUUUAGUACCGUUGUAGACCCUGAUCUGAUCCUGGUUUAGUCCUGGUUUAGUCCUGAUUUAGUCCUGGGUUAGACCUGGUUUAGUUCUGGUUUAGUCCAGUUUUAGUCCGUGUUUACGUCACGAAACAAAAACUCUUCCAGUAUCGAAGCUUUGAACAUUUUUCACGUUUUAAACUCUUGAUCAGAUCUGAGUUCUCGUCUCCGCCCCCUCGUGUACAUACCUGUAAAUAUUUGUACUAAUACUUUGUGGUACUGCACGGUAAAAGUAUUUUGUGAGUAACUUGAACAUUCCUCAGGAGCUUUUGUGGAUCUGAGCCUGAUUUAGUCCUACUGUUUAAUCGAAAGGCUGCUGCGAGUCUGGGUCCUCGUCCUGGUCUGGUCCUGGUCUGGGUCCUGGUCCUGGUCCUGGUCUGGGUCCUGGUCCUGGUCCUGGUCCGGGUCCUGGUCCGGGUCCUGGUCCGGGUCCUGGUCUGGGUCCUGGUCUGGGUCCUGGUCUGGUCCUGUCCUUAACAAGAGUGAAUCCAGGUUUAGUUCUAGAUUAGACCCCAGUGAGUUCUGCUUUAGACCUGGUUUAGUUCUGGUUAGUCCAGGUGGAGAGGUGGACUGGGCAGGUCCAGAGGAGGGUGAGAGGAAGAUCAGUGGAGGGUCAGAGGAGCAGAGUUGAAGGUCAGAGGAGCAGAGUUGAAGGUCAGAGGAGAAGGUCAGAUGUUGGUCCUGGAGUCGGUCCUGGUUUAGUUCUCAGACUCUCAGCAGCCUGUGCACUGUUGAUGGUUGAAUGUUAUGAACAUUUGUGUAGCAUUGUGUGUUUUGUUCGUUUUGUUCAUUUUGUGUGUAAAAUCGUGUUUACAGUCGCUGUUUCACUGAACCUGAAUGUGUCGUUUCUCGUGACCAUCACCUGCUCCUCACGAUCACUGCAAAUCCAAUAAACG